ACAAUUACUGCUGAAAAGCGGUUUGAUCGCCUGCUACAAUUCCCGUCUUUAGCAUAUGGUGCAGCAAUCUCAAAAAGAGCGGAGACAUAAAAUAUUCACAUAAGGAAGAAGCACAAUUUUACUAAGUCUUUAGUAUAAUCAAAAAAAGCUAUUUGCUGUUUGCCUUUCUAUGGUCACAAAAAUGGUUAAAUUCAAUAUUUUCAACGUGCUUUUUGUUUUCGUGUUUGCUCUUUCUAUCAUGAUUUCAAGUAAUCAAAAAGUUGAAAAUCAUCGAUUUGAAAUAACUCAAUUAAAGACGAAAACAGAGUAUAAAAAUUUCAUACAACAAAGCCUGACUACUGUUUUAUAUGUCCUAGUAAAUUCUGAUAAUAUCGAAGCUGACUUAAAUAUUCUAAACGAAAGAUUCUCCGAAGCUAUUCAAGAGCUAAAUAAUUUCAAAGCUGAUUUUGCAGUUUUAAUAUGUAAAGAAGCUAAAGUAGCACUUUGUUCAAAAAAAACUGAAAACUUCUUUCAAACCUUUGACGAUGGAAGCAAAUUGUUAGAGUUUAUGUCGGCCGAUAUCUUCGAUUAUAAUUCUCUUUUAGCCCAUACUUUACAGUUAGUUCUUCUAGAAAAAGUACCAAUUGUACAGAGUAGUGAAGAAUUAGAAAAGAUUCAAAAUUUUUCUCCGGAUAAAGAUUCUGUUCUUGUUUAUUUAAGUAAAAUUGGAACUUUCGAUCAUUUACUCUUUCUUAAAGCUGCUUAUGAAUUUAUUGAUAAACCAUUGAGAUUUAUUGCCACUACAACUCCCUCUGUUGUUUAUAAAUUGCAAGAUAGCGAUAGAUCGAGUACUCAAUUAUACUUUUUUCAAUGUAUACACAAAGAUUGCGUUGAAUCUAGAGUCUUCUUGAGCUUACAAUACUUGUCAAGCUUUUGCCAAAGAGUUUUGGAUGAUCAUGAAAUGAACUAUCUUGAUACUAAAGAUUCACUUCACGAAACAAUGACACCUUAUGAUCCAUCGAUGUACCAUAUUCUUCUUAUCUAUAGCUCAGAUGUUGGAGAACAAAAAGCCCAAAUAUCACAAUUGGGAAAGGCUCUAGAAGAACGAUUUUACGGCCAAGUUACACUCUACGUUCAUGAUAGCUCAAAGCGAACAGUAUACGACUUUGGUUUAGAAAUUGACGAUUCGAAUUUUCCUAAGCCUUGCCUUGUUUUUCCCGGAGAUGAUGUUGAAUACGAUAAAUUAUGCUUCAACGAUCAAUUCGACCACGACGAUGCAUUUCUAGAGUGUAUUGGUUUUAUUAAAGAAGUUUAUCUAAAAAUUCAUAAAUACGACGACCUUGAACAAAAACUUCAAAGGCGUCCCGAAACUGACGAAGAUAAAUUAGCUAAAGAGGUUGUGACUGAAGAUGAUCCAAUUAUGUUGGAAUUGAAAGAACUAGAGAAAACUGAUCCUAUUGAUAAAUCAAGUUUACUUGUUUUAACAAGGAAGACUUUCUACGAGCUGAAACAAGAAAGCGACUUUCUAGUAGUACUCUUCUUCUUAGAAGUUGAUGUAAGGAGUAAAGCAUCCCUCAGACACUAUUCAAAAGCUGCAAAACAGAUGAAAUAUCGAAAAUUAGCUAUAAUCGAUUGUUACGAUUGGACAUAUACGUGCAGAGAUGAGAAAAUUACGUCAUAUCCACAAAUAAGAAUAUAUAGAAAUCAAAAAGAAAUUCAAUAUAAAGGUUCAUUAACAGAAGAAGCCAUAUUACAAGCAGUUUAUAUGUAUGGCAUUAAAAGUCCUAUGCGUUUAACGACGAGAGAAGAAGUUGACGAGUUUGCAAUGGGACAACUACACAAAUUUUCACACAUAUGUGUUCUAGGAAUAUUCAAUAGCGAUAAUUCACCAUACGUUGAAGAGUAUAAAUCUUUGGCUAUUGAAUAUGAAAAGAAUAUAUUAUUUGCUUUUAUCAUUGAAAAUAACAAUGAGAUCUCUAAAGUAUUUAAUACUCAAAGUCCAGCCGUAAUCGUAUUUAAUAGGAAUGAUGGAUGGCGUAAAAGAAUGAUAAUUAACAGAUACGAUAUUGACGGUUCACUUAAGAAAUUUAUGAUUAAAAACUUUCGAGAUGCUGUACAGGAAAUUACGAUUACAAAUUUUCCGGUUUUAAGAUACGAAAAAAAACCUUUUUUGAUACUCUUUACAAGAAACGAAAAGGCUAAAUACGAUAAUGAGAAAUUUAAGGCACUUGGUGAUAUUUCAUUCUCCAAUAAAGUUGAUGAGAUAAUUAUUUCAUGGAUGGAUACAAAUCAGAAGUUAUCGCAAAAAAUACUAUCAGCCUAUCUAAAUGGUAGCAAAGAAGAGUUCGACCAAGAUAGCUCCUAUUUAUUCUACGUGGACUUUAAUAAACAAUUUGUUUAUAGAUAUACUAGCGCAGUAAAGGAGGAUCCAUUAAUUGAAUGGCUAGGCAAAGUCAGACAAGAGUUGAUUGAACCAUAUUAUACCAUGACUAACAAGACAUGGUUACCACUUCAUCCAGGAUUCGAUUAUCUUUCGAUGAUAUUUAAGGAGAAGCGACAAGAAUUAUCACAAACACUGGAGAGCAUAAACUCAAAAAAUCAAGAUAUCAAUUACGACGAAAUGCAACAAGAAGUUGCUCACCAAAAUAACUUGGAAGAAAUAUCUCACAAACAUACAGAGUUAUAA